ACUGAGGAGGGUUGAUUGAGGAAUAAAUCCCUCGAGGGUUGGCCUCCGCCAUGUUGGGAGGAGGAGUGUCGGCGGCGCGCUGCUGCUGAGGUGGGAGGGAAAGGUUGCGGGAGCGCGCCCGCCAAGUGACCGGCCGAGCAGCCUACCUUCUACGCCAAGGCGCGCUCCAGGCGGCGGGUCGGGUGUUACCUCAGGAAGAGGCGGGCGAAGGACUCUGAACUUCCCCCCACCCACAUCCCGACUCUCCCCUUUCUCCUCCCUCCUUUCGCUUCGGAAGUUGGAGCAAACUUCCAACGGGUGGGGAAAGCCCGAGACCUGAGGGAAGAGGAAGAGGAAGGAUUCAGGGCGACCCCCUCCCGCCUCAAAAAAGUUUUGGUUUUGGGGGUGUUUGUUUGGAAAGAGCCUGUCCCUAAAGCGGGACUGAGGGAGGGGAAAGGAAAGGGAAAGCCUAAUGGGGCUUUUACCUUGGAAGAAGCAUGGAAACUUUGCCUGCUCAUUUAUUACAAUACCCCAUUUCUCCUGAAUAAUUUGGAAGACAAGUCUGUAAACUCAGAACCUAUCUUUAACUUUGACUGCUGCAUUAGUACCAUGCCUAGCAGAAUGGGAUCAAAAAUGAAUAUGAAGAGAGAUUUCAUCAGAGUAAAAACACAUUAUAAUGGGGAUAUCCUCAUAACAAAUCUGGGUGCAUCCAUCAACUAUGGUGAACUUUGUGAUGAAGUUAGAGAGAUGUGCAAUUUACAACAGGAACAACCAAUUACCCUUAAGUGGAUUGAUAAUGAAGGUGAUCCAUGUACCAUAUCAUCUCAGAUGGAACUGGAAGAAGCAUUCCGUUUGUACUGUCAGCAUAGAGAUGAAGGGCUCAUUAUUCAUGUUUUUCCCAGUGUUCCAGAAAAGCCAGGCAUGCCAUGUCCAGGAGAAGACCAAUCAAUCUACCGACGUGGAGCCAGAAGAUGGAGGAAGCUGUACAGAGUGAAUGGGCAUCUGUUCCAAGCCAAACGCUUUAACAGAAGAGCAUACUGUGGCCAGUGCAGUGAAAGGAUAUGGGGUCUCGGAAGGCAAGGCUACAAGUGUAUCAACUGCAAGUUGUUGGUCCAUAAACGCUGUCACAUUCUUGUCCCACUGACCUGCAAAAGGCAUAUGGAUUCUGUGAUGCCUUCCCAGGAACCUCAAUUAGAUGAUAAGAAUGAUGAAGUUGACAUUCCCACAGAAGAGAGCGAUGGAAUACCUUAUAUUCCUUCAGCCCGAAAGCAUGACAAUAUUAAAGAUGAUUCUGAGGAGCUCAAGCCAGUUAUUGAUGGAAUGGAUGGAAUUAAAAUCUCUCAGGGGCUUGGUCUACAGGACUUUGAUCUAAUCAGAGUUAUUGGACGAGGAAGCUAUGCCAAAGUUCUAUUAGUGCGGUUAAAAAAAAAUGAUCAAAUUUAUGCGAUGAAAGUAGUGAAGAAAGAAUUAGUCCACGAUGAUGAGGAUAUUGAUUGGGUGCAGACAGAAAAACAUGUGUUUGAACAGGCAUCCAGUAAUCCGUUUUUAGUUGGCUUACAUUCCUGCUUUCAAACGACAAGUCGGUUGUUUCUUGUUAUAGAGUACGUGAAUGGGGGUGACCUCAUGUUUCAUAUGCAACGGCAAAGAAAACUCCCCGAAGAACAUGCAAGGUUCUAUGCUGCUGAAAUCUGUAUUGCUCUCAACUUCCUACAUGAGAGGGGCAUAAUCUACAGAGAUUUAAAAUUAGACAAUGUUCUUCUGGAUGCAGAGGGUCAUAUCAAGUUAACAGACUACGGUAUGUGCAAGGAAGGAUUGGGCCCUGGUGACACUACAAGCACUUUUUGUGGAACACCAAAUUACAUUGCACCAGAGAUUCUACGAGGAGAAGAGUACGGGUUCAGUGUGGAUUGGUGGGCACUUGGUGUCCUAAUGUUUGAAAUGAUGGCAGGAAGAUCUCCCUUUGAUAUUAUUACAGACAAUCCAGAUAUGAACACUGAAGAUUACCUCUUCCAAGUUAUCCUUGAAAAACCAAUCCGAAUUCCAAGAUUCCUUUCUGUGAAGGCAUCCCAUGUCCUGAAAGGAUUUUUAAAUAAGGAUCCCAAAGAGAGGCUUGGCUGCCAACCACAAACUGGAUUUUCUGAUAUCAAGUCUCACACAUUCUUUCGCAGCAUAGACUGGGAUCUGCUGGAAAAGAAGCAGGCAACCCCUCCAUUUCAGCCUCAGAUCACAGACGAUUAUGGUCUGGAUAACUUUGAUACCCAGUUCACCAGCGAACCUGUCCAGCUAACUCCAGAUGAUGAAGAUGUAAUAAAAAGAAUAGACCAGUCGGAGUUCGAAGGAUUUGAAUAUAUUAAUCCAUUGUUGCUGCAAACUGAGGAAACAGUAUGAGAGAAUGGCAUCGACACAAAGGACAAAUAAUGUGAAUGAACUUUGACAUUUAAUCCUUAACAACAGUAUAUGCAUGCAAGGCUGGGGUUAAACUGUAAGGUUUUGAGUGGAGACCAAUGAUGAUAAUUGCUGCUGAAAAAUCAAAAAAACAUGAUUUUGGUAGGUGUCUUCCUCUAUUUUUUUUUGGAAAAAAAAGAAAUUUGGGGCACUGACAGAGCUGGCUUCACAAAGAAAUCUGCAUUUCGUGCCUGCUUCAUCAAGGAUCAAUAGUUGUUUGCAUCCUUGGAAGAGAGAUUCCAAACCACUUUCAAAGCUGCACGCUUCUGAUGGACAUUUUCAUGCAAAGAGCUACUAGAACAGUGUAACAUCCUGAAGAAUAAAAUUGUUAGUGGUGUUGAAGCUUACUUUAGAUGCCUUUUUUCACAAGUGGUACCUAUCUUAAAUGUCUGUUUUAUAUAUAUAUAUGUAUUGCAUAUAUAUAUAUAUAUAUAAUGUGAAAUAAAAGGAGUUGUGUUUUAUUAGCAAUUAAAAUAAGUUUGGGUACAGUAUUAAGUGCCUAAAUGGAUAAACUGCAUAAAAAUAUUCCGUAUUUGGUACACUUGAUAAACCCUGGUAAGUUCUGGUUAAAGAAAAAAGUAGUAUUUUACACAUGGAACAUAACAACUAACAGCUGCUAUCUAACAUUAACUUAUAUCUUCAUAGAACUUUUAGACGGGACUUGGAUCUCAGCAAUAACAAUUCCAAAUUAGAAUUUAUCAAUUGAAAUAUCUAGAUUAUGUUUAAUCUGGGAGAAAACAAAAUUUACCAAAAUCUCAUUAGAAAAUUUAAAUUUGCACAUGGUGGAUUUCUGAAAAUACUUGAGCAGUGCCUACAAUGUCUUGUGUUGUAUACUAGAUUUUUGAAUAAUAUUUUUAUCAAUGCAAUAUUCAGAAGGAACAAUGGAAGUGUAAUAGAUCAUAGCCUUAAAGUUUUAAAGAAAUAAAUUAUAGGAUAUCCAUCAACAUAUUGCAUUUUUUUCUGAUAAAGCACACCUCCUAUUUAAAACUGUCUGCUUUGAAAUGUUCAGCAUCUUGUCACUGACUAAGCUCUACAGGAGGAUGUUUGGUAAACACAACACUCAAAGCAGUAAUAUAGUGAUGGAGAAAA